AUGGAAUUCCUACCUGAAGCCCUUAACUCACAGUCCGUUGGAUUAAAUGCAAUGAAUCCAAUCCAGAUGCCUACAGGUGAAGCACUGUCUCAUCCCGGAUGGCGACAGGCAAUGAUUGACGAGAUGUCUACUUUACACACGAGUGGUACUUGGGAGCUUGUUCCUCUUCCUUCAGGUAAAUCGACUGUUGGUUGUCGUUGGUCUAGCUCAGGUAUUGUGAUCUCACAACGGAAGUAUGCCUUAGAUAUUCUUGAGGAGACAGGAAUGAUAGGUUGUAGACCUGUUGACACUCCGAUGGAUCCGAAUUCUAAACUUCUGCCAGGACAGGGGGAGCCUCUUAGAGAUCCUGCAAGAUAUAGGCGGUUGGUUGGUAAAUUAAAUUACCUCACAGUGACUAGACCUAACAUUUCCUUUCCUGUGAGUGUUGUGAGUCAGUUUAUGGAUUCUCCCUGUGAUAGUCAUUGGGAUGCAGUUGUCCGCAUUCUUCGGUAUAUAAAAUCAGCUCCAGGCAAAGGCUUAUUGUUUGAAGAUCGAGGCCAUGAGCAGAUCGUUGGAUACUCAGAUGCUGAUUGGGAAGAAUCACCUUCUGAUAGACGUUCUACGUCUGGAUAUUGUGUCUUAGUAGGAGGAAAUUUGGUGUAUUGGAAGAGCAUGAAACAGAAUGUGGUUGCUCGGUCUAGUGUAGAAGCAGAAUAUCGAGCAAUGGCUAUGGCCACAUGUGAGCUAAUUUGGAUCAAACAGUUGCUCAAGGAGUUAAAAUUUGGUGAGAUUAGUCAUAUGGGACUUGUGUGUGAUAAUCAAGCUGCUCUUCAUAUUGCGUCAAAUCCAGUGUUCCAUGAGAAAACUAAACACAUCGAGAUUGACUGUCACUUUUUUAGAGAAAAGAUACUC